AUGGGGAAGGAGCAGGAGCUGGUGCAGGCAGUAAAGGCGGAGGACGUGAGCACCGCGCAGCGGCUGCUGCAGAGGCCGCGGCCCGGCAAAGCCAAGCUCCUGGGCUCCACCAAGAAGAUCAAUGUCAAUUUCCAGGACCCAGAUGGCUUUUCAGCCCUGCACCAUGCAGCCCUCAAUGGCAACACUGAGCUCAUCUGCUUACUGCUGGAGGCCCAGGCUGCUGUGGACAUCAAGGACAACAAAGGCAUGCGGCCAUUGCACUACGCAGCCUGGCAGGGUCGAAAGGAACCUAUGAAACUGGUUCUGAAGGCGGGCUCGGCGGUGAACGUACCGUCCGACGAGGGCCACAUCCCCCUGCACCUCGCGGCUCAGCAUGGGCACUAUGAUGUGUCUGAGAUGCUGCUUCAACAUCAGUCUAACCCCUGCAUCGUGGACAAUUCGGGGAAGACGCCCCUGGACCUGGCCUGCGAGUUUGGCCGCGUUGGGGUGGUCCAGCUCCUCCUGAGCAGUAACAUGUGUGCGGCGCUGCUGGAACCCCGGCCAGGGGAUGCCACCGACCCCAACGGCACCAGCCCCCUACACCUGGCAGCCAAGAACGGCCACAUCGACAUCAUCAGACUCCUCCUACAAGCCGGCAUCGACAUUAACCGGCAGACCAAGUCUGGCACGGCGUUACACGAGGCUGCACUCUGUGGGAAGACGGAAGUGGUCCGGCUGCUGCUUGAUAGUGGGAUCAAUGCCCAGGUACGGAACACCUACAGCCAGACAGCUUUGGACAUUGUGCACCAGUUUACCGCGUCACAGGCCAGCAAGGAAAUUAAGCAACUACUGCGAGAGGCCUCUGCGGCUCUGCAGGUCCGGGCAACCAAGGAUUACUGCAACAGCUAUGACCUGACCAGUCUGAAUGUGAAGGCCGGGGACAUCAUCACAGUCCUCGAGCAGCACCCGGACGGCCGGUGGAAAGGCUGUGUCCAUGACAACCGGACGGGCAAUGACCGUGUUGGCUAUUUCCCGUCCUCUCUGGGCGAGGCCAUUGUCAAGAGAGCUGGUUCUCGAGCAGGCUCUGAGCCAAGCCCACCCCCGGGAGGCGGCUCGUCGGGGUCCUCUGUGCCUCCAGAGGAAAUCUGGGUGCUGAGGAAGCCUUUUGCAGGUGGGGAACGCAGCGGCAGCUUGAGCAGCGUGGCUGGUGGCCGGGGCCAUGCCCUGCAUGCAGGCUCCGAAGGCGUCAAGCUCCUGGCCACUGUGCUCUCCCAGAAGUCUGCCUCUGAGUCCAGCCCUGGGGACAGCCCCGUCAAGCCUCUGGAAGGUUCUGCAGGUACCACCAGGGCCCAGCCUCCUGUCCAUGCAGAACAGUCACCCAGGAAGCCAGAUCUGGCGUCUGAGGGAAAGAGUGCCGAGGCGGUCAGCCAGUGGCUGGCCACGUUCCAGCUGCAACUCUACGCACCCAACUUCAUCAGUGCCGGCUACGACCUGCCCACCAUCAGCCGCAUGACCCCUGAGGACCUCACAGCCAUUGGUGUCACCAAGCCAGGCCACCGGAAGAAGAUCACAGCAGAAAUCAGUGGGCUGAGCAUCCCCGACUGGCUGCCCGAGCACAAACCCGCUAACCUGGCCGUGUGGCUGUCCAUGAUCGGCCUGGCCCAGUAUUACAAGGUGCUGGUGGACAAUGGCUAUGAGAAUAUCGACUUCAUCACUGACAUCACCUGGGAGGACCUGCAGGAGAUUGGCAUCACCAAGCUGGGACACCAGAAGAAGCUGAUGCUUGCGGUGAGGAAGCUGGCAGAGUUGCAGAAGGCGGAAUACGCCAAAUAUGAGGGGGGCCCCCUGCGCCGGAAGGCACCCCAAUCGCUGGAGGUGGUGGCCAUUGAGUCACCUCCCCCACCAGAGCCCACACCUGCUGACUGCCAGUCCCCGAAGAUGACCACCUUCCAGGACAGUGAGCUUAGUGGGGAACUGCAGGCUGCUAUGACCGGCCCAGCUGAGGGCACUGCCGCCACUGUUGAGAAGACCUACAACCAGCUGCCACCCACCCCCAGAGGCAGCCUGCGGCAGGAGCCCAGCCUGGGUGGGCGGGCACGUCACAUGAGCAGCUCUCAGGAACUGCUGGGCGAUGGACCUCCUGGGCCUGGCAGCCCCAUGUCCCGGAGCCAGGAGUACCUGCUGGAUGAGGGACCAGCCCCCAGCACUCCCCCCAGGGAGGCCCGGCCCAGCCGUCAUGGCCACAGUGUCAAGAGAGCCAGUGUACCCCCGGUACCUGGAAAGCUAAGACAGGUCCUCCCGCCAGGUGCCAGCCACUUCACACCCCCGCAGACGCCCACCAAAGCCAGGCCUGGCUCCCCCCAGGCUCUGGCGGGGCCUCAUGGCCCCACCCCGGCCACAGCCAAGGUAAAGCCCACCCCACAGCUGCUGCCACCAACGGAGCGGCCCAUGUCCCCCCGCUCACUGCCCCAGUCGCCCACCCACCGAGGCUUUGCCUAUGUGCUGCCCCAGCCUGUGGAGGGGGAAGCAGCCCCAGUGGCCCCAGGGCCUGUGCCCAGAUUGUGCCUGCCCCCCGAGGCUGAUGGUGAGCCAGGGCGGCCCAAGAAGCGUGCCCACAGCCUGAACCGCUAUGCAGCGUCAGACAGCGAGCCGGAGCGGGACGAGCUGCUGGUUCCCUCGGCGACAGGACCCUAUGCCACUGUCCAGCGGCGUGUGGGCCGAAGCCACUCGGUGCGGGCACCCGCUGGCGCUGACAAGAACGUCAACCGCAGCCAAUCUUUCGCUGUGCGGCCACGAAAGAAGGGGCCCCCACCACCUCCACCCAAGCGCUCCAGCUCUGCCCUGGCAAAUGCCAACCUGGCUGAUGAGCAGGGGCUAGAUGCAGAGACUGAGGGUGUUGGGCCUGAGGACGGUGGGCUGGGAGUCCGAGCCCAGCGCCGGCGGGCCAGCGACCUAGCCGGCAGCGUGGACACGGGCAGUGCCGGCAGUGUGAAGAGCAUCGCGGCCAUGCUGGAGCUGUCGUCCAUUGGGGGUGGCGGCCGGGCUGCCCGCAGGCCUGCAGAGGGCCACCCCAUACCCCGUCCUGCCAGCCCUGAACCAGGCCGUGUGGCCACGGUGCUGGCUCCUUUGAAGCACAAGGAGGCCAUUGGGCCCGACGGGGAGGUGGUAAACCGGCGCCGCACGCUCAGUGGGCCUGUCACUGGACUUCUGGCCACAGCCCGCCGAGGGUCUGGAGAGCCAGUGGGGCCUACUGAACAACACGGGCCCUUGGUUGAAGAUGGUGCUGCCCGGCAGCGACCCCGAGGCCCAGCCAAGGGAGAGGGCAGCAGCGAGGGCUCUCCCCUGGCCAGGGUGGAGGCCAGCUCCACUCUCAAGAGGCGCAUUCGAGCCAAGCAGAGCCAGCAAGAGAAUGUCAAGUUCAUCUUGACGGAGUCUGACACUGUCAAGCGCAGGCCCAAGACCAAGGAGCGGGAGGUGGGCUUGGAGCCCCCCCCACCUCCCCUGUCUGUGUAUCAGAAUGGCACGGGGACCAUGCGCCGACGGCCCGUUUCUGAGCAAGGUGCACCCCCAGAUCUGCCACCGCCGCCCCCACCUGUUCAGCCGCCCCCGGCCGACCUGGUGCAUCUGCCUCCACUGCCCUUGCCAGAGGGUGAUGCACGGAAGCCGGUCAAGCCACCCGUCUCUCCCAAGCCUGUCCUAGCUCAGCCGAUGACCAAGAUGCAGGGCUCACCCACUCCGGCAUCCAAGAAGGUGCCUCUCCCAGGCCCUGGCAGCCCAGAAGUGAAGCGUGCCCACGGGACACCGCCGCCUGUAUCACCUAAGCCACCGCCACCGCCUACGGCGCCCAAGCCAAUCAAGGCUACGGCGGGGCUGCAGUCGGGCAGCGCCAGUCCUUCGCCCGCGCCCUCACCGGCGCGUCAGCCGCCAGCCGCCCUCGUCAAGCCGGCCGGCACGCCGCCUCCGGUGGGCUCCAGUCCGGUUAGGCCCCCAUCCCCCGGCGUGCCCGCGCUGCACGUGCCCGCCAAGCCACCGCGCGCCGCCGCCGCCGCCGCCGCCGCCGGAGCCCCUGCCGUGCCUGACGGCGCCUCGCCAGGGGACAGUGCCCGGCAGAAGCUGGAGGAGACCAGCGCCUGCUUGGCGGCUGCGUUGCAAGCUGUAGAGGAAAAGAUCCGACUGGAAGACGGCCAGGGACCGCGCCCGUCGGCCGCAGAGGAGAAGAGCACCGGCAGCAUCUUGGAUGACAUCGGCAGUAUGUUCGACGACCUGGCCGACCAGCUGGAUGCCAUGUUGGAGUGA